UAAAGCCCUGCUGCUGACCAAUCAGAUACACUGAUUUAAAGAAACAUGUGAUUGACACGAACGCCGUCCAAUAGGAAAACGCAGCAGCUUGAGAAACUGACAGCUCAACAGCCAAUCAGAUCGCUAGUAGAAUCCGUCAGGUUUGGUUGAGGUUAACGGUAGCGGCUGUGUGUUGUACGCGCUGGGUUAGACAAGCGGUAUGGCGGAAGAAGAGAGUGAAUUGGAGUUGGACAGGUUUAAAAAAGAAUUGGAGAGUUUGUUAAACGACGAGUGCGGACUGCAGAGCAAGUCGUACUGCGCUAGAUUUUGCGAGUUGGUGGAGGAAUACACCGGCCAAUGGCAUGUGCCUCUUCCACAGCUGCAGGUCCUGAGGAGCGCUCUGUGCGCGUUUGUCCGAGGCACGGCGUCGUUCCCGUCCGAUUGUGAGCACGUGCGCUACACUCUGAGCAGUCUGGCUCUGAGUGUGUUCGAGCUGCUGCUGUUCUUCGGGAGAGACGAGUUCCCCGAGGACCCUCUAAAAGAUAUUCUGGACUCGUUUCAGGAAUGCCACUCGAGUCUAGUGAGGUACCAGAAUGUGUACCUGCUACAGGUUAGACACGUCAUCAGAGAUGGAGGGCCUUGGGCGAGUCCUGUACUGGAGGGAAUCCUAAAGGAAGUGGAGCAACGACAAGAAGAAGUGGACCGGUAUCUGAGCUCCGAGGUGUCCGUGUUCUUCGAGUUGCGUGUACGUUACUUGCUGGCCUGCGAGCGGACCCGUGAGGCCAUGGCGUUGGCCCUGAAGUGCAGUCAGCACCCGACUUCAGGCCGACGCCUGUUCUUCAAGCAGGCCUACCUCACCUGUCUCUGCAAGUCCUCUCAACAAGAACGCCUCUUCACGGAGAUGGCCGAGAUUGACGGGAAAGACGCGGUGGAGAUCCUGUGCAUCGCAGAGGAUGAGGAAAAGGACGAAUUGCUCCUGGAGCUCAGCAGAGGCUUCCUCUUGCAGCAGCUCAGAAGCGGAGACAUGUACUACCUUUGGGAUCUGGUCUUCAUAUGGUGUAAGCUGUACCUCAGAGCGAAGGCCACGGAAAACCAUUUUCUGCAAGAAUGCAAACUGUUGCUCCUGUCAGCCACCAACGUAAAAGCAAUCUUUCCGUUUAUCAAGGUGAUCUUGGCUGAGCGUUUGGGGAAAGAAGGCCUCACGUUUUGCAUCGAGCUCUGUGCUCAGGCCCUUCAGACCGACCUGAAGAACGACCCCGUCACCAAGUCUCUCAUCUACAAAACCAUCGCGUACCUGUUCCCCAACGACCUGGAGAUCUGCAGAGCCUGCGCGCUGCUCGUGUUCUUCUUGGAGCGCACGGUCGAGGCCUACAAGACCGUGUUCUUCCUGUACAACCACCCGGACCUGGAGUACCACCUGGACUCCAGUCCCAUUGGGAACAACGUGCGCUUCGAGGUGAUUCAGAUUCUGAAAAGGGGCCUGUUCUUCGACCCCGAAUUCUGGAGCCUUCUGAACAUCAAAACGAACUGCCUGAAGCUCAUGAGCGACGAGGUAGCCAGAGCCGCCCUCCGUGAAAUUACGGAAGAGGAUAAAUGGGGGCCUAGUUACUGCGUCCGAGAGCACUGCAAGUGCCGCGCCGAGCCGGAGAGGACCGCCGUCAGCCAGGAGGCAAAGCCCAGGAGUAGAAACGAGCAGGAAUCUGCGAUGGUAGAAAACCAGGUCACGAUUACGUCCGGCGAUGUGUCUUCUGAAGCGCCUCAGUAUAAGAAGAGAGGGAGGAAACCAGGGUCGCGGCUCACGAAAAAUCUGGAUUUGUGUCCAGUCCGGCGUUCCUUCAGGCAGCUGGAUUUGGCUCAAAAUCAUGCCAGGCAGCUGAACAACAGAUGUCAGAGGUUCCUCACUCGGCAGGCGGAGAAAAAUAUGCUGAAACGGCGGGGCAGGAAGCCCAGGUGGCUCCUGGAGCAGUUAGCCGCCCUGGGAGAAAGCAGCGCUCUCGGACAACGGAAGAAACCAGGGAGGAAACCAAAGCUGUUCAGCUCGCUAAAGGACGUUCUAGUUGACACGCCAGUCAUUGAAAUCACAAUGGAAUAUUCCUACCCCGAUAACGAAGUCGAGCUUCCUGCGGACGUUCAGGGCCGCUCUGUGCCCAAAACGACUUCCUCCACAGAGCAUCGCUUUGAUCCACCUCGACCGACAUCUUGUAGUAACUCGACUCGGCCGAACUCGCUCCUCCAGCUACUGUUAGAGAAGUCCCCUCAUUUGUGUAGAGACACAGAAGACUUUCAUCCGCAGGACGUCCUGGUCGUUAUUACAAAAUUCCACUCCUACGCAAAAGUGCCUGAAGAGGAGGAAAGCCCUUCGCUCGAUCGCCUUACGGAUACCACGGUGUUAACGGUUCCACGCGCUGUGAAACAGGAAGAAGAUAUUCAGUCUCUUGCACCUGUAAAGAAUCCUAGUGAACCGCUAGAGGAGACUAAAGUGACCUCACUGACUGCUGUUGUAACCCAGGACAUCCCUGGUGUUAGUGAUGGAUCUGACCUGCCAUUACUUUCCCCCGUCGAGCAGGCUGAUGGCAGAAUCACUACUGUGGACCGUCCUCCCAAAGAUCAAACUGCUAGCGUCGUGACCGGCAACAUUCGAGCGCUGGAAAACACCCAGGAAGUUUCCAGUCUUGGUAAUACAUCUGACAAAGCUACUGAUGAUAUUCGAACCACGUCCGAGAAAGUAACUGACGUUAUUUCUACCUCUGAAAAUGCACCUACACCUGAACUCGCACCCCAAAGUCAAGCGUCUACCCCCAAAGAAAUCUCAGACACUCGCGAAAAUCCAGCUGAAGACAAAGAGGUUGUAGAUGCCUCUAAAAACGCGCCUGCAGCUGAAAGUAUUCUCAAGACUCCUGCCGCUCUCGAAGAAGCGAAACCUCGAGAACCGGCGUCGCAACAGACCACGGAGGUCGAGCCGUCUCAGAACAACGGCUCAUCUCCCGUAUCCAGUACCCAGACUACCAUGCAGCCUAAAGCCCAAUGCAAGCUUUGCAAUAAAAUAUACGAGACGCCUCUGAGUCAUGCUUUAUGGCAUUACCGGACUGAAAAGAAGUGCAUGUUUUGUGACAAGCUGGCUCUGACUCGUGGAGCCUUACAGCAUUUCCAAAAGCACAUUAAAGAGUUGAGCAGGGUCAAAAGUCCGGUCGAGACGAAGAAGCGUGAGGAUGUACCCGAAGCGUCCGGGAACCCAGAUCAGCCCGUUCCCGAGUCACCUCCCAAGAAAGCAAAGCCCGGAUUUGCACAGAUCAAGUCAAGACUGCUGAUGAGACUGAAACUGACGAAGAAAGCCCAAGCUCAGCGCGAGACGGAGAAAAGCUCCGAUAAUAGCGGAACACCCCCGAAGGAGACGGACACGAAGAAGCAUACGUCAGCGCCAGAGCAAAAAGAAAGCAGCGCGGAGGACAAUAAGCAGAGCACCCCACAGGAGCCGAUAAGAUACGUAACAAGAGGUUCGGUUAGGAAGUCCGAGCACAAAGGACGGCCGCUUAGGACGAAGCUAGGCAGGAAAAGAAAGACUAGAAGAGUGAUGGCAGGGGGAAAUAGUUCAGCGCUCAAGGACGGUUCCGUUCACAGGCCGAACGGAGUAGUUAGAAGGAAGAUUGGGAUGUGGUGCAUUCAGGAAGAGAGUCCUGCAGUCGGUAAAAAUGUACCAGCAGUAAAAGAAGAGAACAAGACCGACGCAGGGAGAUCGGACAAGACGAUUAAGAGUAAUAAAGCUAAUUACGAUAUCAGGACCAAAGCAGACAAGGCAACCAGCAAUAAUUUAGAAGUGGACAGUAAAAAUUGUGGAAGAGCAAAGGUGGUGGAGGAACCAAGAGUAAAGAAGAAAAAGCACCGAGAGGACGAGGAGAAAGUUGACGGAAAAGCAGCAAAGAAACGAAAGAACGAAGAAGGUACCUCGACCGCCGAGUCCACAGACACAACGGAAAACUCCGUUCCGAAUGUGGAAAAACAGCGAAACGGGACCGAGGCAGAAUCCAGCGAGACCGCGCGGAAGAGGAAAGUCAGUAGUGCUCCUGCGGUCAGCUGUCCUAUAGAUGCGUGCACGUUCCAAGCCAUGCCAGGCCCGGUCCUCUCGCACGUCCUCAUGCACCACCCGGGCGACACGAAAGCCCUCGAGUUCUUCUACAACCUCGCCGCGAAAAAGUGUCUGUUCUGCGCCAGAAGGAUUUGGACUCCUCGGCACUUUUUCGACCAUGUCGUGUCUCACCGGGGCAACCUCAAACACCCGUGCUACCACGCGGACUGCCAGAAGAGAUUCAAAACUCGAAUGGACGUGGGUGACCACAUGGAGAAGGACCAUAAUCCUCUGAAAGCACAGUGCUGCUUCCCUGGAUGCUCGAUGGAAUCUGCCAGCCUCAAGGACCUGUACAGCCAUGAAAAGAGUCAUUAUAAAGCCGUUCUGCCGAAAAAGGACAAAUCAGCAAUUUCUGAGAAAGGUGUGGACAAACCCAGCCUCAGAGCAUCAAGAGUAAAGAGUACUCCACCUGCAGCACAACAGACAACUGAAAGCAUGGUGAUGGAGCCUGAGACUCUGACUCCUCCUCCUCCUCCUCCUCCGACUCCUCCUCCUCCUCCGACUCCUCCUCCUCCUCCACUUCCACUAGAUGGAAUCAUGGAACAAACGAACAGCCCAGCACCUGUAAAACUAGACGACGAAAAGCCUUUGACUUUACAUAGAAGUUCGGUGAACUACAGCAGCAAGAGCUCCCGGCUCGUCAACGGUCACGCUGACCACGAACAAGAAUCUAGCGUUAAAGCGCCCCCUACAGCUCCAAAAGAGCAGGAGCCGAAGUACGAGAAAGUGGCGGUCAAGCCGUUCAGCAGACUUCCUCCUUCAGCUUACCUGGACGAGCUGUACCUCAGCAUGCCCAAAAAGUGGAGGGGGCCCCAAGCGAGCGCCAAAGGCACCGUUACAGAUGACGUAAGCCCCGUCAAGAGGCAGAGCUGCUCGCGCUGUAACGCGACCUUCGACUGUGAAGAAGAGCUCCAGCUGCACCGAGAAAAAUGCACGUCUCUCUUCGGCUUCGAUUCAGACGAUGAAAAUGCCUCCUGAAGACACGGAGCCCGUUUGACCUGUUGAUAGCUGCUGUGGACAUUCAAGAAUGAAAUCAUGACUACCAUUUUAAUAAAAACAAACAAAAGGGUGGGAACAUGGAGCUUGUUUGACCGCCUGGACACCUCCUUGCAUCGGUUUUUUUAUCUCUGAGGAACGGGAUAAUAAACGUCGAGUACAGUAGUUCAUCUACUACGAUGCGAUGAUCCCGGACUUUAGUGGUUGGAGGUGAUGUUCUACAUCACUGACACCACGUUGGAUUUGCAGUGUGUGACUUGGGUAACAAGCUAGCUACCAUGCAAAUUGUUUUUAAAGAUUACUACAGUAUUUGAUCUGAUAACGAAAGAUAUGAACUAGGUUUAAUGCCGGAGGCAAUGAGGAUUCUGCCUCAACCUCAACCACGAUUUGACUUUUGCUUCAAGAAGUGUAAGGCAUAGAUGUAAUUGCAAUGGCAAUGAAAUUUGGAAUAUUUCCAGUACAUUUGCAAAAUAUCUGGUUAUUUGUGAACUUUGUCACCGAUUUGAUUAAGAAUCAACCUCCUAAAUCUGGCCAUCAUUUAGUCCUUGUACUUGGAUUUAGAUUUAUCGAAGGAUUUGCCUAGCGUAUAUUGAUGGCACCGAGGACGACACAAGUCUCACAAGCUUAACAAAAGCUGAGAUGAACAAAGAGCAGUGUUUGCUGAUAUAUAUUUUGAAUAAGGAAGAGCUGAAGAAGACCUUAAACUGAAUUAAACCGGUUUUGAAAAGAGCGCAACUUCUUAUGACAUUGAUGUACAUAUGUUUCUAAAGCUCUUCUCUUUCCACUCAACAAACAAUAACGGGAAGAAUUAAAUGUCUCACACCCGAGGCAUGUCUGAACUGUUCUACACAAGAGCAGCGAUUUACUAAUUUAAUUUAUUCAUAUUCUUUUUUUUUCUUUCUUUCUUUCUUUUUGUAUUUUAUGUAAAUGUUUGAACGGUAUAUAAUUGGGAUGGGUUAAUAUAGGGGGUUUAUAUAUCAAGAGUUUUUCUGGCCUACAAAAAAAAGAAAAAAAAAUUAAACACGUAUGACCACGGA